AUGGAUGCCUUAUUGGUAUGUCCAAGACAUCUAUAUUGUGGAAAUAAACGUUGGCAAGCCAUUGAACAAUAUAUGAAGAAUGAUAAGCAUAUACGUUUAACGAAUGAAUUAAAAAAUAAUUCAACAUUAGUUGUACAACAACAGACACUCCUUUCUUCGUCAAAUAGCUUAUCGACAGUGAAAUGUAAUGCAAAACAAGGUGUCAUUAUUCGAUUUUAUAAAUCUGUGUUAUUGAGACGUGCGUACGCAGGCACAAUUCGUGUUGCUAUCAUUGAUGCAUUUGCAACAGAUGGAAUAAAAUUAAAACAUCUACUGAUACUUGGACGUGAUAAUCCUAAUGUUAAUAUUUCUGAGGGACCAUUAAUUCAUCUAUUAUACCAUGAAUUAACAGAAUUAUAUCGUACAGUGUUAUUAUCAUUUGUAAAGCCUGAAUACAUUAGUCAAAAAUUAGGACAAGAAUUAAUUGACAUUGAUUACAAAGUAGCAGAAAAACGGUUUCCUGAAAAACAAAUACAAAUUGGUUAG